AUGGCGAUGCCUCCCAAUCAAUUCCCUAUAGUACUGUACAAGUACAAAGGAAUAACUAAGAAGAAGGAGAGGGGUGAAUUUCAGUGGAGCUGGUCUCCACUGGAUUGUAUAUUCAGGGGACUGGGAACUUUGUCUCACAAGGGGAAGCAAGAGAGGAUUUUUAAGAGAGGACUAUCAAGGUCUUCCUUCACAGGUUCUACGGGUGAUAAAAAGACUGCUGGUGGGCUUUCAGGAGGCAUUAAAGAAAGUGACCAGGUGCCUCUGGAGAACCAGGAGGUCUUCUCCUUAAAAGAAAGAAUGGCUUUGUACCAGGCCGCUGCAUCUAAAGUAGAGAUCAGCAACUCCUCUGCUAAUGCUCUGGAGGAAUCAGGGGCACGCAGAAUACCUGGAGGCUUGGCAAGUGUGAAGAACCAGUUUGAAAAAGGAGAAGCUCAGUACCAAUAUCAGCAAAAAUCUGUACAGGUAAAAAUGGAGGAAUCAUAAUAGUUGUUGAAUUGUUGAAUCAUAAUGGGGAAACCACGAUCCUGAUCUCGUGGAAGGCAUCUUGUAAUGCCAGGCUCUCUAGGUCCCAUUUUCACUUAGAAGUGGUGAUUAUUUCACUCUUUAUGAAUACACUUUUCCUUUGUCAUCUGACGCACAUACCAUGGGAGAACCACAUAAAUUUUUACAAAGAUCGCAAAGGCUUUGUUGUAAGAGCAGCCACUUGGCUGUGAAAAAAUAUGAUGUUUUUCUUUGGUAAACCAUUUCCUGAAAUGUGCGCAAAUACUGGAAAUAUUCUGUUUUGAAAGGCUAUUGUACCCUAAGGUCCAACAACUGCUCAAAUACCAGCCAAAACCCCUACUGCGUAACAGUGAGGCAAACACAAUCUGAUAUAUAGUCCAAAAUAUAUGAAAAAGUACAUCCCGUCUUUGGGAUAUAAUGUAUCAGACAUAAUUUAUCAAUAAUGUUCAUGAUAGUGAAUUUGCAAGUGACAUAAAUACAUCUGAAACGCUUUUCUGUUAAGCCAUUUUCUUACAUACGUAUGGAUAUUAGAUUAUGCCUAUUGCAAGGUAAUUACAGACUUAAAUAAUCACCAUCUAAACACCUGUCAAAUGUCUCACUUUAGAACAAUGAUCAAGACAUAGAACUGAUUUACAUUCCCCCAAAUGCGAACAUCUAAACCACAACUUCGGGGUUAUAAUUCAUUGUAAAAACUCUCUGUGGUUUGCAUUUAUUUCUCUUGAAGCUGUGCAAAGCUUUUCUGUUUGCUCUUUUCUUUGAGACGAACAAGAAAAACGCAAACGCUACUUAGCUGGCAAAUGUUAAGUUUAGAAAAAUGAUUUAUGUACUUUA